UUAUAGAGUAAAUAUAAGGUGUUAUAUCAACAGCAAAAAGUCCUCAAAGGCACUCAUUUAGCAAACACCGGUCAUCUCAAAAACGAGUUAUCUAGGUCGAGUUCCCGCUCAGGACAGUCAUUCAUAAUCAUGGCUUCAUCCAAGUCAGUCGUACUAUUUGCCCUCUUCCUGGUUUCCGGGUAUCCUGUUUUUGCUCAGGACCAAUGGACCAUGUCUGAGGUCGAUGAGCUUAAGCUCCUCUUAAGAGCAUUUUUUGAAGAGGACGUGGACCGAGCUCCAGGAUGCCUUCGUUUGGCUUUUCAUGAUUGCGUUGGGUACUGCGACGGAUGCUUAAAUUUCGGAAAUCCGGCUAAUGGCGGUUUGGAGGAUAUUUACGUUGAAAUCAAUGACUUCUAUAAGAACGUGCUGCCGUUGAAUGGGAAAACAAUGAGCAGAGCAGACUUCUUCAACCUCGCCGGGAUUGUGGCGGUGGACACAACAGUCGACUACAACAAUAUCAGUUGCGAUGAAGGUCUCGACCCGGAUUGCAUCACCAUGCCCAAGCCCCCGCUUCGCUUCCUCAUGGGUCGUGAGGAUUGUGUCAGCUCUCCAGAUACUGAGGAUAAUCACGAGUUUCCCCAGGGCUUCAUGAACCAUGCCGAAGUCAUGGCAACUAUGAAGAGGAUUUUCGAUUUGAAUACGCGACAAACUGUGGCCAUUUUGGGCGCUCACACCCUUGGUGAGAUGACCAGAGCCGGAUCGGGAUUCGAUGGAAGUUGGAAGGCUCAAAGCGAUAACAAGUUCAAAUUCGACAAUCGAUAUUACAAGUUUCUCUUGGACGACAGUAUUACGUGGACUCACCGAGACGCAAAUGAAGGUCGAUCCCCUGACCAAAGAUGGCAAUGGACAGGCCGCACGAAUGGCGAGGAGAUUGCGAACAUGUUGGAUGCAGAUAUCGAUCUUGUCAAACUCUUAGACAUUGAGGACGAGGGUGGUCACAGCACUUGCAGCUUUGAGGAUUGUCCAGACGCUCCAACCAAGAGUAUCGUUCAAGAAUACGCCAACGAUGAGGCCGUUUGGGUUAAGGAUUUUGCCGACGCCUUCGAGCGCAUGACUUCCACUGUUCCCGAUCCAGGGGUAUUGGCCCCACCAGCGGCUUAAUAUUAACUUAUUGAAGGCGAAUAUAGACAAACUAAGCAGAUU